CUACUCUCGCUUUAUCAUAGACGAUAGAAUUACUAUCACACUCGCUCAAUUUACAAUCUCUCUAUUUAUUUCUUCCUUCUUGCAGCUUCCAUAGUUCGGCCCGAGAACAGCAAUAGCAACAGUAUUAAUGUCCGACGGGCAACGCCAAGCAAGAUUCGAUCAUCCACCACUCACGCCCAGUCUUUGCUUCACCACCGGCGCGUUAAAAGGAUUCCUCCGCCUCUCGAGAUCUUCAAUAGACGACAAUAUAAGCCAAAACCUUAACGCCCUCUCCACACCCUCAAAACCAGCCUUUGAUCCAACCACAACCUCAACCCCCUACCCAAUAGCCCCUACCAGACACCUUCCAGCGCAAACAUGUCGUGCCUUUACAGAGCAAAUCCUUCUCCCGUCAUGGCAGUCCCGCUCCGACGUCCUCAAUUACUGCGCCGCUGUUGCCACGAGUGAUGACCCUGACGACCCAGACUCAAUCAUUAGGCUUGUGGAGGGCAUGGUGGACAAGGAGCGUGUGGUGGAUGAACGAUUGGAUCCUUAUUCCGGGAGGUUCUUUCCCAGGGAGAGCAGGACGGAGGUGCUUACCCGGGUUGUGCGCAACGAGAGGAUGGUGGAGAACAUUGUUAGGGAGAGGACGUGGAGGAUCGUCAAGGAGAAGUGCGGCGAGUUUGGAGCUCUCGGGGAAGAUUGGAGGGGGGUUCUGAAUGCUUGGAGAGUAAGGAAGGGGGAGUGUGAGGCUGCGGUUAUUCAUGGAAAUUAAGUUUUGAUGGGGUGGAUUACAACUGUCAGUGGAAGAAAAAAGGGGGUAGAGGGUUUUCUUUCCCCUUGUACGAUAGAUAGUGAUUUUUGCUUCCGUGGGUGUUACUUGCAUUGUAUAGUAUAGAUUUGCUGUUUGACAGGUUUCAUCGUACCAUUAGAAUGCAAAAGUUCUCUCCACUCAUUGUGGGCAUAAUUUAUAAAA